ACUGAGUCAUUUGUAAAAAGUGAAGUCCCGCCCACUUCUCCGCCCCCGGUAUAAGAGUGUGUCGCAACGUUGCCUUCGACAAACCCCACACACACUCCUGCUGCACGGACCAACUCACCGAGGGAAUAUAUAAUAUAUAUAUAUAAUAACCGGACUACUAUCACGUUUUCAUCUCACUGGGAUUCUGGGAUUUAUUAUUUCUUUUUUUGGGGCUUUUCAAACAUGAUUCCAGAGGAAAGCUUCGACUCCAUCGAGAACAGGAUGCAGUCAGUGGGUCUGGCUCUGGAGGAGUUGCUGGUCACGGCUCAGAAACAAGACUGCCUCACUAUUGGCAUCUACGAAUCGGCCAAACUUUUUACCGCAGAUCCAGACAGCGUGGUGCUGUGCGUCCUGGCGGCCGACGGUGAGGACGACGUGGCGCUGCAGAUCCACUUCACCCUGCUGCAGUCGUUCUGCUGCGACAGCGGCAUCACCAUCCUGCGCGUCUCCGGCGUGCAGCGGCUCCAGCAGCUGCUGGGAUCAGUGGAUGCCAACCGAAACCAGGAGGAGCACGGAGACCUCCACUGCAUGCUGGUCACGAACCCCCAGGCGGACCACUGCAGGCUACAAGAGGUGGGGACCUACUGCCAGGAGAGCCGGCGCCGCGACCAGUGGGUGCCCGAACUGGUCCUGCAAGAACGAUGACGAGUCUGGUGCCCCUGACACACCAACACAACACAAGAGCUCUUCCCAGGGUUCAGAUAGUAAAGAAUUGGCCUGGAGGGGUCCAGGACGGGCCGUCCUGACUGAUGACGAGCAGGAACCAAGGACUCCCCUGCCAGUGACUAUAGUGACGCAGUCGCGAGUGGAGACUGGUCUCUAAUGUUCGGCUUUGUGCAAAAGUUACAGACAGACGGAAAAGAUCGUAUUGUCAAGUGAGACAGAAUCUAAGCUCGUAUCGCGUGCUUCUGUUUGGCUACUCGCAAUGUUUAUUGGGUGUGCCGGUUAUCAGUGGAGGCGUCGUGGCUGUCAAAACAAAACUUCCACACCCCAACUUGUCCCUGGGAGAUCUGCGUGUUUCUUUGGACUGGACAGGAAUGCUGCAGUGGCGAAACUAUGCCCGACAUUCCUGUGUGUUCUGACACGAGAGAGGUCCUUGGAGGAAAAGGUGUGUGUGUGUGUGUGAGUGAGUGUGUGUGACUGUGAGGAAUGCGUGUUGCAUGCGUGUACAAUGUCUUUCUUUAGAGAAGACUGGGCGUGAGGCAUGUGCUUUCUUCGAAACCAGUGGCUGAACCGCGGAGGUAUCGUCACCAUGGAAACUGAAAUGAAAAUGAUGUCCGAGUCGCACAGCAUUUAUCGGACGGAAUAAGCUGUACUUUGGUCAGAGUAGGAUAAAGAUUGAGCUGUUUUCUGAUUUGAUCAACAAGUCGGCUUUGAACUGUUAUUGUACAAAAAAAAUGAGUCAAUAUUGGCAUGCAUUCAAGAAUAAUGCGUUUCUGAUGAAAAUGCUGUUAAGUAAUAUUAAGUGACCACAAUGUUAAUUUAUUGAUUGUAUCAGUUGUUUGAGUAGCUAUUUAUUGUCUGAUUAUGUGCUCUGUUAACUAAGUCAAUAAAUUAUUAUCGCUUUA